AUGGAAUACUUUGAUUUUGACCAAGCGGCCCGUGAUAUCGAUACGGCUUCCAACUGUCCGGAGAUCGACCACCAGGAUUUUGAUGCUUUGAUGAAUGAUGAUAACGUCGUUGUCUCUGCCACCGAUGCCCUAAACGACGUCGCUGAGGGUGAAAAAGGAUGGGAGCCUUCGUUUAAGUUAGGCGGACCUUGGCCCAUGUAUCGAGCUCCAGAACCGUGUUUCUUCUGUCGUUCUAUGGGCUUGGACUGCUUUGUGGCUCAGAGAGGUGUGUUGCAGAACAGGUGCACCUGUUGCAUUGCGCUAUAUCGACAGUGCAGCUUUACCAACGCCGAGCCGCAACAAAAGUGCUUGGAGACAUUACACGUGGUGGGAGAGGACUCUUAUGUUCCAACCGGAAGCUUAACAGGGAAGAGAGCUUUGAAAUCAUAUCGUGGACCAUCCACAGGCACAUUACUCGAAGAGCCAGAGCAAAGGGGGAGAAAAAGUGGUGCCAGAUUCCCAAAGGAAGCCGUCCGAGUGCUAAAGUCGUGGCUAUCGGAACACACCGCUCAUCCGUACCCAACGGAUGAAGAAAAAGACGCCCUGAAAGCGAAAACUGGUCUGAGACGAAGCCAAAUCAGCAAUUGGCUUGCGAAUGCUCGUCGCCGCGGGAAAGUCCGACCUUCCCCACGUCAUCCUUCUCCUCACCCUACCGGCGUUCCAAUUCCGGGUAAGGAGCUUCCUCCUGGCGUUGAUUUCGCAGACCUGAACCCUUUGGAGCGAUGGAAGCAUUCUCCACCUGAAAACGAAGCUGCUUCAGCCCGUGAUAUUAUCCAAGCCAUGGCUACUGCUCCCUUCCAUCCCAACGGUUCGAAUGACACCUCGGGCCCUGUGCGAUCAAAUUCCCGAAGAACUGGAUCCAGCAAUGGUGAUUCAAGCUUUUCCAACGUCCGGCCUGCGGGAUCUUGGAGCAGCUAUAGUUUGGAUACGACUCAAUCUAGUGUUUCCGAUAUGUCUUUUGCUUCUGUUUUCUCUCAUCGCUCAUCACGUGCCUCUUUCGGCUCGAUGGACACGAGAGAGCGCCGACGCCGCCGGCACAAAUCCGCAAUUGGCCAAAACCCUUUCCAGAAAUCUCGCGCCGCGCGCAUAUACCAGUGCACCUUUUGCACUGAUUCUUUCGCCACGAAGUAUGACUGGCAACGCCAUGAGAAAUCUUUGCAUCUUGCCCUGGACAAAUGGACCUGUGCACCCCAAGGUGGGGUGAUAUUGGAAAAUGGCGAAUCCGUAUGUGCAUUCUGCCGAUACCUGAACCCAGACGAAACUCAUUUAGAGUCGCACAAUUAUACCACUUGUCAAGAGAAGUCUAUACAGGAGCGAACAUUUUACCGCAAGGACCACCUUAACCAGCACCUGCGCCUCAUGCAUAAUGUAAAGCUCGGGUCUUGGAUGGACCAGUGGAAGAGUGCUACAACUGAGGUUAAGUCUCGUUGUGGCUUCUGCUCGGCUACCUUUACCACGUGGAAAGAUCGCGUUGACCAUCUUGCGGCGCAUUUCAAAGCUGGAGCGGAAAUGCGACAAUGGAAAGGGGACUGGGGCUUCGAAUCUUGUAUCCAGCGUUGCGUCGAGAACUCCAUGCCCCCUUAUCUUAUUGGUGAGGAACGUAACACUCUCAACCCAUGGGUCGCCCAAGUACCCAGUCUAUCUGCUGCAAAGAAGCCCAAUGCGUCCACUGCAGGAACCUCCGCGGCACAGAUUCCUGUUCCGACUGAUGCUAGUUGUUUCAAGCGAUUGGAAGUCGAACUCUCGGCAUAUAUUGGCCGCCUGGCAGCUCAAGGUACCGUGCCAACCGACGCAAUGAUACAGGCAGAAGCGCGUAAUACCAUAUAUGGAAGUGAUGACCCAUGGAAUCAGACUUGUGCUGAUAACCCGACGUGGCUGGCUCUUCUGAAGCGUGAUACCGGCAUCUAUGAUCUACCGGGAACCCAAAACAUUCAACUAGAUGACUUAGGCAUGCAACCACCCUUCGCUGCAAACGGAGGUCUUCGUCAGGCCCCGAAACACUCUUUGAGAACUACUCCGCCUUGCAGCGGUUCUUCGGGGUUCCAGAGCCCAGCAUUACCCAGCUCAGGAUUCCAUUCUUCUGGACCUAGCCAUAGAGGCAGCCAUGCAGGCAGCUUGGCUGGCAGUGUUGAUUUCUCAGCUGGAGGCCUCGGUCAAGGGAGCUUGGGAGGUUUGCCAAGUUCCACACUGGGUGGCACUCUUUCUUCCUCGGCACCAGUCUCCAUGGACAAUGACCCUUUCAUACAAAUGGGUUUCGAUGCAGACUUUCUUCAGCGUCUAGAUGAUGAUUAUGAAGACAUCGGUCAUGAUUUGGAUGAUCUACACCUCGAAAAGUUUGGGCUGGGGGAUUCGGCUGGUUUUCAUGAUCUUGGGUUUAAUGAUACGACUUUCAACAUGACUGCGACCUCCGCACCGGACCAGAAUCCACUUGCAUCUAAAUUACCAACCUCUAUGUCUUAUGAAGCACGAUAUCAGAAUGUAUUCGAUCACUCGGUAGCGUUUUCUGAGCCUAGGGCAUCGGAGUUCCGGGACUUUGGGCGCUAA